UAUAAAUACGAUAAAUGAACUCUUCUUAGCUACCCUGCCUUUUGGCAUGUGAAGAUGUGUUUGGGAAGUUAGGUUAUUUUCCUACUAUUUAUUUAAAUGGCUCCCAAACCAGACAUCAAGUUGGACCACCAUUUCGCCACAUCAUCGGAUGGCGCCAAACUGAGCUACUACUCAGUCGGCACCGGAGACGGUGUACUGAUUCUACACGGUGCGUUCAGUUAUGCUCUUCUACACAGCGAGCUAGCCGAUGCGCUGAGUCCGUAUUGCACUGUUCACCUCCCCUCUCGCCGUGGCCGAGGACUCUCCGGCCCAUAUCCAUCGUCGGUCACGGACCUUAACCCCCGCCAUCAGCCACCAGUGACCGCAUCUGCCGAGGGAUCGUCCGAUUCCAACGUAAUGGCAGACGCAGGCAGUACCUUGAGCCUUGGAUCCAAGACGUACACUCGCACUUACAGCCCGGCCUUCACAACCGCCGUCAUCGCAACUGAAGUCUCAGACCUAGAAGCCCUGAUCGAAGCCACGGGCGCAAUCUACAUCAUCGGUGUCUCGUCCGGCGCCUUGCUGACGCUGCACGCUCUGCUUCAGAGCCCCAAAUCACCCGCACUGUCGAAGGUCCGCAAGGUCGUCAUAUUCGAGCCGCCCAUAUUCUUCACGAACCGGCUUACUAGCUGCAAACUAGAAAAGUUCCAUCAUUUCGAGCAGGACCUUGAAGAUGGUGACAUAGUUGGCGCCGCGGUUACGGCGAUGCUUAUCGUAGAACUCGGCCCGGGGUGGAUCCCGAGGUGGUUGAUGAAGGCUCUGGCGGGGAUGAUGUUCCGUGGCCAAGACAGGGAUGUACAGAAGAAGAGGGAGAAAGGCGAGGAGGACAGGGGAGUCUGCACCAUGUCUGGCUUGGCUGCAUUACUCCGGUAUGAUUUUGCGGUCACAGAAGGGAUGGCGGGGGAAUCUGGGCGGUAUGAAGCCCUUUCUCAGCGAGGAGACGAGACCGACGAGGAGAAAGUUGAGAUUCUUUUGCUUUCUGGAGCGAAGACACCUGCCUUUCUCGCGGAGGGAAUGAAUACCUUGAGGGAGACCAUUACUGGCGCGAAGAGUAUUGUGGUCGAGGGGGUGGGCCAUGAGUUGCUGUGUGACGGGGAAAUGCGAGGACAGCCAGCACGAGCGGUGCCGGUAAUUCGUGAAUUCUUCCUCUGA